GUUUAUUUUAGGACAAAACGGAAUAAAUUGUCAGAUAAGACAACAAGCCUACCUGAUAACAAGGCACGUCGCCAGGGCAUUUUUUUUUUAUUAUCCGAAGCGAAAACAUUACUCCAUAAUUCCUCUCUAUCCUCUUGGUCUUCGCAACUGCAACCUCCAUAGGUCAGCAAUUGUUCUUAAUAUGCAUGCAUGAGGAGCUGGUGAAAUAGAACAGACUCUAGACCAGGGAUUAGCUAUGGGUACGACUAAGAUCUACAUAGUGUACUACUCCUUGUAUGGGCAUGUGGAGACGAUGGCACGAGAAGUGCAGCGAGGAGCUAAUUCUGUUCAAGGUGUUGAGGCAACACUUUGGCAGGUACCUGAGACUCUCUCGAAUGUGAUAAUGCAAAAGGUGAAGGCUCCUCCUAAAGCAGAUGAUGUACCAGUCAUUCAACCAGAACAGCUUUUGGAGGCUGAUGGUUUUCUCUUUGGUUUCCCUUCUCGCUUUGGUGUGAUGGCAGCUCAAUUCAAGGCAUUUUUUGAUGCAACCGGUGAACUAUGGGCAUCCCAAGCACUCGCUGGAAAACCUGCUGGAAUCUUCUGGAGUACUGGUUUCCAUGGAGGAGGCCAAGAACUUACUGCAUUAACGGCCAUAACACAAUUAGCACAUCAUGGUAUGCUAUUUGUUCCUCUUGGUUACACAUUUGGAAGCGGAAUGUUUGAGAUGAAUGAGGUGAAAGGUGGCUCUUCUUACGGAGCUGGAACGUAUGCGGCUGAUGGAACCCGUCAACCGACAGAAUUAGAACUCAGUCAGGCUUUUCACCAGGGCAGAUAUGUUGCUGAAAUAGCAAAAAAGCUCAAAGGUUAGAACCUGAGGAAGAUGCAUGUGCAUAAUAAGAAUUACAGAAACAGAGAUGGUUGCUGGGCGGUCUUUGGAAUUGGCGAUGGAAGCUCUCUCUUUUGAGAAAGAAAAUCUCCUGGUAGUGUAAAUAAACAUGGAAGAUAAAGGAAAUCGAAGCAUAAGAAAGGGAGAUAACUCACUCAAUUAACUUGAAGAAAAUCUUUUGACUAUCUAUCUUUUGACUAUCUGAAUGUAUAUGAUAAUCUGAAGAUAUGCAAGGUAGAGGUGAAUAUGGUCAUUACACUGUAAUCUUUUUAUGGCUUUUCACUAAUUUAUCACUUCAAUUUCCCUUUUAUGUAAA